AGCGCCGAUCUCUGAUUUACUAGCGCGAUGUAUAAAGUCAUGCCAGUUUAAAAAGUUAUUUUUUAAUAAGAGUCUUCUUACACUCCCUUUCCUUCAAGGCGGGGAAACCACUCACACGGCGAAACUCAAAGCGCAAAGUCAUUACACAUCAGCUUUCUGUGACUAAAUAUUAUCACUCCAAAUCAUAGAGAAAGGUAGGUAAUAUCAAAAUAAACGAUAAAAUAGCACUUUGGUAGCGGUUUUUUUUCUGUUGAUUAAGAUCGCACUGUUAUUGUUUUAAAAUAAGUAAUUCCCCGGAGAUAAUGACCUAUCUACGUAUCUUAUCACACAUCAGGGAUAUAUAAGUCGGACGUUCAAUUUUUAAGUUCAUUAAAAUUCAAGAGACUUUGGGCUUCAAGCAACUGGCUGGCUACUGCAGCUUUCAAGAGUCAACGGAGAAAUAUUGGAAUACAAGAUGAAGACCUUCAUCAUCAUCGCAUUGCUGUCAGCACUAGCAGCCUGCUGUAGUGCCAGUGUCCUCCCGAGCGAGGAGAUGGCCGGAGGCAUCACUGUGGUGGAAAAUGCUGAUGAGGCAGAGCUCCAGAAAUUCCUGUCUACCCGCCAGGCGUCAAACGAAACUGAGCUUUUAUUUGAGUCCAACUUCUUCGUGCCAGCCAUUCCGGGCGAAGCGGUAGUACACCGUAUCGAGUACAUUGGCGCACCAAACACUAAGAUAACCACCACUCAUAGAAACCACUUUCCACCUUUGCCAUCUCUAGUGCACACUGCAGGCUGGCUGACCAACAAUCUCGUCAUGACUUUGACUUCACAAGUCGGCGGCAGUAUGCUUGGUAGUGUGAAAAUUUAUGGCUACGUGCACGGAAACUAGUAAAUAGUACCGUAUAUUAUGUACUAAUGCCAGUAAGUCAAGCUACCCCACUCUGUCAAUUACAUUUUCAACUUUAUAUCCGAACAAUACAGCUGAUAAAGUUUGAUAGAAAAGAGUGGCUUGAUCUGCUGGCUAUUACAAUAAUGCCAGCUUGUCGAGUUUCUUCAAAACUGUCAAGAUUUUAAAUUUUAAAUUAGUUGCCCUACAUUGCUGGACUUUCCUGGGCCAACUUCAUUGUGUGCUAUUUUCAAACAAUUUUGGUCCAUAAUUUAAAGUGAAUUGAGUUCAAAAUUUCUUUCUCUUUACACGUUCAUCGCGUAUAAACAAUAAUGAACUCCAAUACAGAUAUACACAGACUUUUUCCUAAGAUGGAAUUAGGUAGAAAACAUUCAAUUCUGGGGACCAAAAAGAACCAUUAUUUUGAAAGAUUGAAGCAGUUUGAUGUACUUGGCACCUGUAACAACGUCCGAACUGUAAUUGGCCAAACAUGAUUUGUCUACUUGAAGCUCAUUUUAUCAUUAUAAUUAUGCAUAUUUUUCUGGUAAAUUGUUAGUAAGUCUCGAUUAAUUUGAAGCCACACCGGCGCUUAUAUCGAGACUUACAUUUUUCUUAAUAUUUACUUAAAUAAUUUAAUCGAUUUCCCUAUAAUCCUGUCAAUAUUUUUUUAUUCUAUCUUAUAUUAUAAUAUGUAUCAUUAAAAUAACAUUAUAAUGUAA